UCUAUGGGCGGGGCUUUGGCCAGCUGGCAGAUGUUUCCCGCGCGGCCGCGUCAUUCCUCUAGCGUAAACCUACGCGACGCGCAAGUAGUCCCGCGCCGUGGCGCCGUACACUUCCCGCGACCGGGCACCGUUGGCCACCUACGUUCGUGAACGCGCGGAUUCACGCGUGCCAACGAGGUGAGUCGCGAUCGGCACUGAUCCCACACCGGUGACCGGGGUAGCCGGAUUCGGACGAGCCGGGAUAGCGAGGAUGAGCUGACGGGGGAUUGGUCCGAAGUGAGUCGCCGCUCAGGGCUGAGCGAAGUGCGCGGCUUCCCCCCCGCCUCGAGCGAGUGUGUGUGCGUACUGCGUGCGUGGUGUGCUGCACGGCGAGCGGCCGCAACCGGCGAGGACGCGAACUUUCCGAGUGUGUCGUAUCGUAUCUCUCUCUCUCUCCCCCGCGAGAACGUCAUUGGCAGAGCGUGCGCGCUCCGGUUUGCCCGCGCCGAUAUCCGUCGCGUCCGGCUUGACACGCGGGGUGGACCGCGUACGCGCGCCGUAACGUAAGCGCGGUUCAACGUACGUCGUAUAUACACACGGACUUGACCCGCGCGCGCGGGCCAUCGUCGACGUCACGGACGCGCGCGCGAGAUGAUUCUACCGGCGUGUGAGCACGGAGCGAUACUCGGAGCGUUGCUCCGCAUCCCACUGUCUUAGAAGUUAGAAGCGGCCGGUCUCGAGAAUUCAGCGCAAAGCGAGGGGACUGGGAUAAGAGGGACUUCCUCGUCGUACGUAUAUCAAGCGUGAACGUGGCCAAGUGCGUGAUCUCGCGUGCGUGAUCAACUUCACGCGAGUCAAGUCAUCGUCAUCAUCAUCAUCAUCAUCGUCGACGUCGUCGUCGUCGUCGUAGCAGAACGUUGACCGGGAAAACGUACAUUCGUACGUGUGACAGUUCGCGGCAGUGGUGAGUGGAAGAAAAGUGAGCUGACGCGCCGCGCCGCGCCGCUUCCUCCUCCUCCUCCUCCGACGGUGGAGAAAGGAGCGCCAGUGCUAGCGACGUUCCUGACGCCGGGCGGCGGAGUGAUCCACGGCGCGCCGUGGGGGCCCUCAGCUGUUUCCCGCCAAAGAUCGCCAUUACAAAACGCGUUCGGGCGUUGUGUGUGCGCGCCGCGCGGAGCGUGUGGCUGUCCCGUGGACGAAUCUUCCGUGCGUGUCGCCGGCGUCUGUCCUGAGGUGAGGAAAACGGGAUCAUCGCGAGGCACGGCGUGAGCCGGAAGUGACGAGAUCGCGCAUAUACGUAUAUCGUGCCGCGAGCGGAGACGCGUUUGAUAAAACGCGCGUUGUUUGGCCCCCCUUGCUCCGCCCUGGAGUGGAGUGCGCGGUCGGGCGACGACGAGUGAAGGAACGAGCGAGUCGAGCGGACGAACGAACGGACGGACGGACGGACAGCGGGGCGCGAGAAAGAAAGCGGGAAAGAAGUGCGCGAGGAAAGAGUGUGCGGGCGAUAACGAGAGAAGAGGAUAUCGUGGAGAGGCGUGCGACGUCGACGGCGGCGGCGGCGGCGGCGGCGGUGGCGGCGGCGGGACCCGUCGUCUUUUCGCAGCCGCGACCACGACGACGGCUGUCGGGAACUUGAAAUUCUCUCGACGAAGACUCUCAGUGCCGCGGACGGACGAGAUAUGUCAGUGUUUGGUGACGAACGGAUUUUGCUCGAGGAAAUCAUCGAGUCGACUGACCAGCCGGAAGCUGACCUGUGCGGGAGUGUCGAGACGGUGGACGACUCGGUGACCACGAGUGUGACGGUCGCCGAAGUCGCUGAUACUCAAGAACGGCAACCGCAGCAGCGGCAACAACUGUCGCAAUCAAAAGGUAACGUCGGGGCUGGUCGGCGAGUUGCUAGUCAGAACGUUGCGUUGAGCAACGGCAACGGUAUCAGCAACGUCGGCCGUGUCACGUCGCGCAGCCACAUGGAGCAGGAGAAGCGAAUGCGGCGAGAAAUCGCCAACAGCAACGAGCGACGUCGUAUGCAGAGCAUCAACGCUGGAUUCCAAUCACUGAGGACGUUGCUGCCGCAUCACGAGGGCGAGAAACUCUCCAAGGCUGCGAUACUCCAACAGACUGCCGAAUACAUAUACCAGUUAGAGCAAGAGAAAACACAAUUACUGUCGCAAAAUUGCCAACUAAAACGGUUGGUGAAUCAACACGAAGGUGGCGAUGUACCUAUCAAGAAACGCAAACCUGACACCCAAGGUGUUGUCGUUAGUCUACCAAUGCACGUCAGCGAGAGCGGCGAUGAGGGCUUGGGCAGCAUGUCCCCCGAGCCGUUGUCGGUAAUCACAGUGACCACAGAGGGACAUUCCGUUGUGAACAGCGACGUGGUGGAGCUCAAGCGACAGUUAGAAAGGGAGCGUCACGCGAGAGUGCUUUUAGAGAAACAGAUGAGAGCAAUUCAGAGCCAGUUGUAUCCAGAGAGAUUCCGAGACAAUCAGCUAAUCGCUUAUCAGCCCCACGAGGUGAUCGAGCACACGGACAACGUCAUGGCACAGGAGACGGAGGAGGCGGUGGCCUCGCUUCAGGUGGUGUCGGUCAUGUCUUUGCCGCCGGUAGGCUCCACUCAAACCGUGGAAACGUCCAGUCCAGACCCGAGCUCGCCGCCUUUGUCGCCGCAGCCGACCGAUAUCGUGACGGAAGAGAUCAAAGAGGAGGAGUCACGCGCGAGUACUCCCAAGAUCGUCACCUUCGCCCAGAAUCAAGUGUUCACGGCGAUGGAGGAGCCGACUACCGCCGAUUCGUUCUCGUCGUCGAGUCGCGUCACGUACGCUUCGUCCUCCGCAGAUUUUAAGACUAACUCGCCUCAGUAUAUCACCGCGAGUCCCAGCAGAUCCUUCUCACCAGUCGCCGAGCCUCAACGGCUGCCCAGUGUCCUAGAGGCCGCAAUGAAAGCUGAGCCUAAAGUCGAGGUGGAGAGGUUGCCUUCCCCAUCGAAUUCCUUGGACGACGGUACACAGGCAAGGUUGUACAUCGCAAACACAUCCCGCCAAAAUCUAGAAACGAUCGUCGAGGCGAUACGUCACUUGGAGGGUGACCAUCUAUUCAGCGAUGAACCUGCGCAGGAUGUACCGCUGGCAUUGACCAACAAACAGCAGCAGCAGCAACAACAGCAGCAGCAGCAGCAGCAACAGGCGACGACAAACUCGACGUCAACGAAGUCUGCGACCACCACAUCCGCUUCCUCCUCUUCCUCCUCAUCCUCGACGACGUCUGCCACGGCAGCAUCCGCGAAACAACGGAUACUGCACGCCGAGCAUUUCCGCCAAUUCCACACGCAACAGCAGACCCAACAACGGCCCGGCGUGAUCGUGGUGAAACACUCGUGAUCCAGCAACGCGUCGCGUCCCGUACACUGAACGAUGCAUUCAGAACGACGAUGUAUUCGCCUCCAUCGCGCGACAUCAUCGUGGUUUAUCAUUCGAAAAUGAGGAAUCCCUUUCAGCCGACCCAAGAGAGCAAAUAACGCUUGCAGAAACGGGAAAACUGUUAGCGAUCAUCACGAUCGAGUAUCACGUGCAUUCUUCUUUACGCUGAAAAACUCGGGAGAUAUGAUGCGAAAUCAUGAAAGGAUAGAUUUUACGUAUGUUCCUACUACGGCGUUUCGUUUGCCUUCGCCUCGAUAAGGCCACUAAAAAGGAUAAUGCAUGGGAUCGAACGAUUUUUUAGAUAAAAAGGACAAAGUGAUUUUAAAUCGCGGAUGUAGUUUAUAGGUGAAGGCAGAGCUAAGUCCGAAGCUUAACGAAAGGAUCCUCAUUGCCGAGUUGUCAAAACGAAACGACGUUAUCGCGCUUUAUCUCGUGUAAAUACUAACGAUUCCUCCUGAUCAUUUCCGACGAUCGCCACGAGAUCGCUUUGAAUCUCGAAGUAACCCUUUGCCCCCUCUUUCCUUCCCCCUCCGGAGGAAAGUCCUUUUCCCUCGCGAGAAAAUCGCGAGGCCCGAAGCGGACGUUUCUCUUUCCGUUUUAGUAGGUAGAACAUUUUUAGACUUAAGCGAGUAACUACCACGGUAAUAUUUCUAGCGCGUAAGGCUGCGUACGCUGUAUGAUAUACAUAUAUACAAUAUUACAUACAUAUAUAUUAUUUGUAAAGAGUAUAUAAAUAUAUAUACAUAUUUACGUUCUUUUUUUACAUUGUUACGGAAAUGAAGAAAAUACGAGAUGACGGCGCGAAGAAAAAUAUUAAGAUAUAACGACGCGUAUAUAUGUUUUUUCGAUACUUAUUACGGGGUUACCACUGGAUAAGCGCGAAGCGACUAGAAGAAAGUGGAACUAAUCGAACAACAAGGUAUUAAUCAAAAUACACAUUUGCGUGCAACAUUUAGUAUUUGAUAUACGUUAGAAAAGCGCGGUGGAAUGGCGAAGUGCUUCUCGCGAUCGAUCAGACACUGAUCGGCGCGAGCGCGCGUAUGAUUCCUUUCUUCUGUGUUGCUACCGAGGUGUGUCGCGGGUUGAAAAUUCCGUUUAAUCUGUGCCAAAUAUCCCCAGAGAGUACCCAGACGUUUUGUUCCUUCGUAGUAGAUGUAAUGUGCGUGUAAAAGCGACGGCGCCGGUCGGUACAUCUAGUAGACUGAAAAGCAGCGAGUCCACGAUCGCUCGUCUUCUCUUAACUUAACUCGUCAAUGCGGCGACCUGGGGAUGCCGUUUCUGUUUAGCGAAGCGGCGGCUUCUCCCGGCCGUCAAUCCCGUUGCGUCGCCGACCACAACCGAUCUCCUUAUUGGAUCAAUCAGUGUCGAUCAACGCUAGUAAUCGCAAGAGCCGAAGGGGAACUGGGAAGGGGCGAUAGGUUUUCUACAUCAGGCCGACAUCUUGCGAUUCUCUCUUCGCGACUUCAUUCUUAACCCUGCCGCAUAUAACACAUUGUACGAGUUUUUUCUACCCGACAUACGGAUUUCUUAUAGCUUGCGGAUACGAGACUAAGAGGCUUUGGAAUUUACAAUUUCUCGUGCCUUUUCGAGGAGAGGAGCGAUCGGCUUUGGAGAUGGUCGAACAAUCGAUCGACCGGCGGAGAGAAAAAGGGCUGCGAACGUUUUGUUUUUCUUUUACUUCUUUCGUUUACACGCGUCUACAUAUAAUGUGCAUUGUAUUUUUUUUUGUGUUAUUUUUCUUUGUGCGAGUAUACUGUUUCACCGAAUGAUUGUACAAGCGUUAUCGCUUGAAUGUACCCAUAGACCAAUUUUUAAUCGAUUACAUUAAUACGGAUCCUUUUGCUCGUAAUUUACUAUUAUUACUGAUACUAUUACUACACUAUUACUAUUACUACUACUGCUACUACUACUUUCUUUUCUACGAUGACGUUGAUUGGUGUACGAACCCAAACGUAAGUUUAAGAGUUUAAUGCAUAGAUAUAUAUGCCUACGAGAAAUUAAUUUUAAGUACUCUUUAAGUAUGUAAGUAAGUUAGCGUGCAAAGUAAGUUGCGGCAGUAAGACAAGACUACAGUUAAGAUCUUUAGUUAACCUUCUAGCGGUUAGGAUAAAUAUAGGAAUUGUUUAGCCGAGUACACAAUUUGAAAUACAUCCAGGUUAAUAUUGUCUAUCUGUAUGAUAAAUGUGAAACGCUACUCCGUAACUAUAUUUGCGUGUAUAUAAUACCUUUUAGCGGAUAUCGCAUAACACAUUAUCACCUAGUUGACGUACCACGAUGCUAGAAUAAGAUAAAAUUUCGCCUUUCGUACGUUUCGCCGUUUACAUUCAUUAAUUAACGCCAUUUUUCAUUUCACAUAUUUGGAUAUUUUUUUACGUAUCGUACAUUGACACAUUCUCACUGUUUAAUUAUUUUUUAGUACGCAGAGAUGUAAGGACUGUAUUAAUUUUUUUUGGGGGGGGGGUGACUAGGGGAUACGCGUUUAGCGAAGCAAUCAUUUUUGAAACGUACGAGAGGCACCCUAUAGGAGAUACGAUUCUAUCUUAGGCUUUCGACAUUCGCGAUGAAAGUGUGAUCCCGGCGUUUUCGAAGGUCGCGGAUCUCGAAGGUAAUGUACAAAGCUCGAUGUCGACGUUCACGCGAGGACGCACGAGGGCCUAAAAAGAAUAGAGAAAUUCACUCUCGUCUCCAUCUUUCGUAUUUUCUCUACGAUUCUCCCCCCAGUGGUGUACGGAAACUCACGGCAUUUAUAUCUUCAUGGGACAAGAUUUGUCAUUGAACAGAUGAUCGUAUCUUCUAUGUAUCUUAUCGCGCUAGAUCUCGCGAUGUCUAGAAUCAAUAGAAACACCAUGCUAUCUAUAAUUAAUUAUGCUCGAAAAAAAAAUCGUCGAGAAAACUUUCGAAAAUACGAAAAUGGACACGACGUAUAAUGAUGAGCAAACAGAAUCUUUCCCAUGCGAGUCCGAUAUGUACGUCUCGUUUUCCCGCAUACGUCUGAGUCUUAAUAAUUUCGAAAAAAAUCUCGUGCGAGUAUCUUCGGCGCUUCCAUGAUACAUACAUACGUACACACACACACACACACACACACACGUACAUAUAUACACAUACGAAAAAUAUAUAGACAUAUAAAAAAUAUAUAUAUACACGUACGAAACUAUAUACGUACGUAUCAAGUAUACGAGUGUUGCACACGUACGCGUGUUUGUCACGUGCACGUUGUGCUGCACGCAUUUGAGGAACUUCUUGACGAGAUCCUCGAGUUUCGCAAUCGAUACCGGAUUCUUUCGUUCUCCCUUAACUCGUUUCGUUUCGGCGCGUUUCUACUUGAUUCUGCGUAACCACCCUCGCCACCGGCGUGCCACGAUUUGCUCUUGAUGGGUGGCAGAAUGCGGCAGAGGAAUUGAAAAAAAGAAAUUCGAGCGCGUUACUGCGCACGUGUCCACAUGAACAUAAUGUUACGGCAACAUCAUCGUGAUAAUUGCAUGACCAAAUUAAAUUUUAGAUCAAAGUUAAUCAAUUUUUUUAAUCCCCGAUCAAAUUGUGCGUUUGAAUCGAACGAAUUUUUGAACUUUCUUGAAUUAAUUGUGUUUGAUGUGUGAAAAGUAUUUUUUAUGCAUACUGAUAUCAUCUUUGCAAUCGCAUCAGUGUUGGCGUGUGUGUGAACGGAAAGUUUCAUAUCUGAUAUUACUAAAACUUUUUCUUUUAAUUUAACGAAGUACAUUAGUCAUUAAAAAAAUCGUAUAAGAUUAAUAUGUUAUGUAUUUAUGUUAUAUAUUAUAUUUUAUGUUAUAUGUUACGUAUUUUAAUUAGAAUGUUCUCGUGAAAUAAUGUAAGUCUAUUAAUAAUGAUAACGACUAUUACAAUCAUGCCUAAAGUUUAUAUUAGAUAUUAGAUAUUAAUAUACAUUUUUUUGCGUUUACAGCAAAAUUCGCAUUUAAUGUUGUUGGACUAUUCACGUUAUCUGUGAUACAACUAUUUUGCAACUAUCGAUAUUCCGUCAGAUUUAAACGCGUUUUACUUUAUGUAUCUCUCUCUGCCUGUUAUUCGUUCACUGAUUUAACACGCUCGUCGAAAGUAGGCUUGUACCCAUUGAACGAUCGUGAUACGCUCGAUUAUUUAUAGUUUAUUAUGCAGCGAGAUUUAAUUACAAGCGAGCAGUAAGUCCGCUUUAUUUGAGCAUUCAUACUACGCUGGACUCUGAUGCGCUCACGGAUGGUAUCAGUAUGAAUGAUGUUAUUUGUUUAUUAGUAAUAUUUAAAAAUAAUACGGUAGCUUCUGUAACGGCGCAUAAUUUUUUCUUCGAUACAAUUAUAUUUAUUGUCUUACGUAGAGAUAUUCGUCACAUUUUGAUUGAAUUUAUUCGAUUUCAACGAACUCGUAGAUUCAGUAAUUCUGUUUUAUAAUUUACAUUUUAUGAUUAAAUGAUUUACGUUGAUUAUAAAAUAGUUUACAAAAUAUUUUUUAAAAUUAUUUUAAAGACGUAUUUUUUUAUAAAUUUUUGGAUUUUUAUGCUGAAAAUGAUACCGCAAACUGAAUUUCAUCAGCAAGUCACGUUUUCAAUUAUUUCAGAAAUGUGACAAAUUGGUGAAAAUUGACUUGCAAUAUCAUUUUCGAGACGUCCAAAAAUCUAUAAGAAACAUUUUGAUAAUUAAAAAUAAUUUUAAAAAAUACUUUUUGUAAUUAAUAUCAUCAAUUAAAAUUGUGUUGCACUGCUUUAAAAGAAUAUGGAUUGAAAUUGAAAAAGAAACUUUUACAAGCUAUUUACAUUGUUUAAUAAUUGUUUAGAAAUAAUUUGUAAUGUAACUAUUUUAAAGUACCGACUUUUGUUCGUACUUUUUCCUGGAGAAACUUUCCAAGAAUGACGCUCUUAAAACCGACACGUGCGUCAUGAUGCGCGAGGAAUCUUAAAAGUUAUGGAAAAAUUUUUAAUGUCGUCGAUACGUUUACGCGAGUUUUAAGGAUGAGGACUCGAAAGGUUGAUCUUCGAACGGCGUCUCAUACAUGAGAGAGAGAUACGCAACGUAAGGAAAAAGUUCUACGGAAUUGUAACUAGUGAUAGAUUAAACGGCCGCUCGAAGAUCACACGUUUCGUGAGAAAAAAGCUGUCACUGUCUGCCAUGGUGGUGACAUGGAUAUUCGAUCGGCUCGAUCGAAGCGAUCUUUUUUAUCGUUGAAUAUACAUAUAAAGUGUAAAAACAAAUAUGUAAAUAUAUAUACAUAUACAUGCAUAUGUAUAUGUAUAUAUAUGUAUGUAACACAUUGACUCCUGUAACUUCUCUACAGCUUCGUUGAAAUGCAGAAAAAGAAUGACAAUUUGCGAGAUACGGUUUAACUGCUAGAGAAAGUCGCUGAUAGAGUAAUGUAAGGGUGUUGAGGAUGGUAGAGAGUGCGUGAGUGCGUGCGAGAAGGAUGAAGAAAAGUGACAGCCGAUUUUCGGGGAUCGCGAGAGCGAGAAGUGGCUGUGCGAAUCGCGCGUGCGAUCACGAGAGCGACAGGGAGAACUUUAUACCGUUUAAGAUUAAUCCCGAUUUGUACACGUCGUGGCAAAUGGCGACUGAGAGUGGCGCCGAGAUUACUCAAUCGACCGCCUCUGGAAGACUACGGGUCGCGUUCGUCGUAAAAGGGGAAACGAAAUUUCCGUCGGGAUAAAGGGUGUACGUCCGACUCUUAUCGCCGGAGAAAAGUCAAGCGAUAUAAAAAAGAAAAAAGAAAAGAGCUUGGAAGACACGUCUUUCAAACGUCGGAAAGACCGUAAUGAUUUUUGGACGUCUUGAGAUGUCUGCGAUAUUAGAAUAGUGUCUUUUACACGGUUUUCGGGUAUUCGCGUCCAAAAGAUAAAAAGUAAAGGGAAAAUUCAUUCGCGACGUCAAUGACACACCCGUUUGCUUUCUCGAGCGCGGCGCAUCGAAAUUCGGCGACGAAGACGUUCCGCGAAAUCGAGUAAUUAUUUUUUUAAUCGGGCCAACAUCCCGCUCUCUUUCGCCACGGGCCCGCCAGGAAAGAUGUAUAUAGCGUAAAACCAUAAAAGCGUUAGCGUACUGGCGGAAGAAUGUACAACAGAGAAGUAAAUAGGUAGAUAGAUCUGGUAGAAAGAACGAGGGAAAGCGAGAAUGAGAGAGAGAGAGAGAAAUAGAGAGUACGAGGGCACGAGAGAAUGCUAAAUGGAUAUGUAGAUCGUGCGUAUAAAAAUAGCGGGACGUUAUAACGAGUAGGUAACGACAGAUUCCAGAAGUCUUUUUUUUUUUCCCCCAGAAACAGAACUGAGUAGUGUGCGUGUUGUAGGGCGCGUGUUCUUGACAUGAAUUUGCGAACGAAAGGGAAGAGAGAUGAAGGAUGGAGCGUGAGUGUGCAUAGACGUAAUUUGUAGUGCGCCGAAAAGAUGUUUUCUUUUUUUUUUUUCAAGUUCUUGAAAUACAUUUCUUUUUCUUUUUUUCUUCUUAAACGAAACACUUGACUGGACUUUGAAAUCAUAUCGAAACUCCGUAUCCGUCGACUGAAGGAUGAUCUGGGCUCACGCGGCGCGUGGUGAACCAAAGACGUGCAAUAUAACACAAUGUCAUAGAAAUUGCGAAAAAAGAACUGCGCAUGAAGAAUUCAUUCCUAUAUCUAUUUUCUUGCGCAACUCUCGUUAACUUGAAUUGAAAGGAUGAAAGAGAGUUGGUAUUACACGGCAGACAUCAAGCAGAGAUCUUAAAGCCGGCCAAAGUCUUAUUUUAAUAAUGCCGGAAGAAAAUGGCGUUAAAUAUUCGCUCAAUGAUUUUCAUCUUAAAACGUUUCUAUUUUUUGAAAGCUAUAUUUACUUUUUAGAUUUGCACAGUCGCGUUAUUUAAUGUUGAUUGUACUAAGAAUACGUUCCUAACGUCGCUUCGAAGGAAAUCGAAUUUGAUCACGAAUAUUGAGAGAAAUAUGUAACUAAUUGUAAAAGGAUAGAAAUCCGUUACUAUUCUGAUGAAAUUUGUGUCAAGUUACUUCUCUCUCGAAGUUUAGAGUUUUUAUUUUUCUUUUCGUAACUUGCUAUACUUCUCGUAAGUGAUCUUAAACGCUUGGUUAGCACUGCAAUUCGUUAAUAAAAUUGCUGGAAAUACGUAAUGAUAUUUUCAAUAAUUGAUAUUAUCUGAAAAAUGACGAGAAAAUGUACCAAAUAACGAAUAUACACUGAACAAGACGCUUUACUCGAGAAGCUCGAGAAAUUCACCGAUACACUCUUAAUUUUUUAAAGUCUUUGAAAACUCAAUAUUAUAACUUGAUUAAGAAUAAGAGAAGUAUAACGUCGACCAAAUAAAAAAUCCUGUUAGAGAGCUUCAUAGUGCAAGACCGAUACAGAGGAUUAAUAUGACAGCAAUGCAUCGCGUUGUAUGUGAUAACGAGAAGUAAAGAAUUUGCAAUUUGUAUAUUUCAAUUAUUAAUUAACUAGUCUAAUCACUAAGAAAUCGAAUUUCAUAAAAAUUAAAAAAAAUAUUUAUAUGGAGAACAUGGAAAGCAAAUAGAAUAAAAUAGAAUAAAAUUAUUGCUGAGCAAAAGAUUAGAAUUUAUAAAUAUUUAUAUAUUGCUCGUAUUGCAAACACGCGAUGUAUUACUCCAGUUUUACAAUUUCCAUGGACCGUCCAGUUGAGUAUGAAGAGAAAGAAGAGACUUACCGAAAAAAAAAAAAACAAAUGGCUCCUUUAGAGACCAUCUUUUUACAUUAAUAAUAGUCAAUUCGAAUUAUGAAAAGUGUUCGAUCGUCUUUUCGUCAUUAACAUUUCAAUCGAGGAAUCUACUCGGUAUUUCACGAUUUACGUAAUAAAUUAGGCUCGAAUCGUCGGUCGAUCGUGAAAAAUCAAUUAAAAUUUGGCCAUCGCCGGAUAAUUAUUCGCGGCAUUUUUCUCACUUCAAACAGAAUGUAUUAUAAAUUAUAAAAAGUAACAAUUUUAUCAUAGACGAAUGCUAAAACAGCACAGUCGGAUAAAUCUAGCUGAGACGGACGAACCGAGUCGACGAAUCUUUUCACGUUUAUCACUCGAAAUUACUAUUGUCUACACAAGUCAAGGAAUUCCAGGUUUGCAAGGGUUUCAGUGCAGUAGUGGUCUACCUUUUUAAACAUUUUUAUAUAAUUCACAAACUUUUUUAAGAAUCCAAUUUAUUUUUCCUCUUUCAACUUAAAAAUUUGUCAUCAUUCUGAUUUCAUUUUGUCGUACAUCGCAUUUAAUUUUCAACAUUUGAUAAUAAAUAACUUUAAGCUAAAGAACUAGAGAAAUUAUAAAAUUGAUAGUAAACUAGAUGAGACGUUGAAACGCAAGGAAAAGAGACGGUAGAAAGUAGAUUUUAGACAAUUACCGCACUGAAUCCUUUAAUUGCACGAGUUUUCUAUACUCACAUAUCUAUUCAAUGGGUAAAGUCAUCGUUUCAUCUCUGACAAUGCAAAUCACAAAGCAAUUCAGCUUUUCUAAACGAAAUGAAAAAGAGAGAGAAAGAAAAAAAGAAAGAAAAAUAGAGGUGGCAUCAUUCUCUUUAGAAUACGGGCUUUUUUCUACGUGUAGACCGAUAGUCCGAUGCAAUACGAGCAUCCUCGAUAUAAUAUCGAGUAUCUCUUCUUUUUACUGAAACAGGAGAAUAAUUUCUCGAGACUGAGACAAGAGAGCCGUGACACCGACGAGGGUACCGGUGAGCGCAAUUAAUUAAUAAAAAAAAAAAAAAGCGGAGACUAAACGCGAUUGAAAAAAAAAAAGAAGAAUGCAAAAGUUCCUCAAGUUCAAGCCGCGUUUGCCGCGUGCGUUCGCAUUCUCGGUAAACGCAAUUUUGCCUGACGAAGCGAAUGUCGUCCGCACGUCGUAAACGCCGCCCACACCACAAGAACAGACUGCCAUUGAGUUUCGAGUGUACUCGUUCGUAAUAAAUAGUUGUAAUUGACCGGGACUAAGUCGAUCUGAGAGAACGAAUGAGGGAAAUGGCAGAUGAAUGCGUGAUCGAUUGUAUUGCGUGAUUUGGUGGCGGAUUUACUACUGACGCAAGUCUGGGCUCAUUUGUCACUCUCGUUUUAUAAAUUCUCUCUCAUAAUUACUCCGUUUUUGGAAAUUUAUAAUUAUUAACAAAUUGCUGUAAAUUUCCAUAACAUGGAAAAGAGUAUUGCAAUGAAAAAAGCAAUCGUAAAGCUUUAAUUGAAGAUUCGAAAUAAAAACGUGGUUGAAAAAUAUCGAAAAAAAAAUUUUAAGCAUGAAAGUAAAGUCUGAGGAAAUAUAUGUCAUGUACAAAAAGUAUAAUAUCUAAAAAAAAUUAUCUAAGAAGCAUUGCGCGUUCGGCACUUGCUUUCGCGCGUUUUCGUCUCGAAUCUUUAAUUAUCGCUUAUUUUUGGAUCCGCCACUGGCUUGAAUGCUUGGAUGUUUGUAAGAGAGAACGGGGCAUGUAAUCCUUCCGCGUGAAAAGUCUUCUUGGGCUGUAAAAUCCAAAUCUCUGUCACCAAGUUCUACCGCGAGAGAAGGCGAGUCGUUCCUUGACGUUGGCCGGAGACACGACGCAGUCUAUAAAUUGGGCCGUAGAAUCGUACUGAUCGAAAGUCCCGAUAAAAAACAAAUUUAAAAAAAAAAAAACUAUUCGGGUCCGAUCCGAGACGACGCGCGUUAACGAGUUAGGCCGACUGACAUUUAUUCUAAGAGAAGAGCCUGUGUACGAAUCGGUACAAUAGAAAAGGGAAAAAAAAGAUAUAAUUCUCUGUGAUGUAUUUCUAUGAUUUAAUUAUAUGUAAUUAUGAUUAUUCUUACGAUUAUGAUUAAUAUUAUUUGCGAAUAAAUCGCUGUGCAAGUAUCGAUUAAUGAUUAGUGUAAGAUAAAACGUAGAGCGCGAUCGAGCAUUGCCAAGAGGCGCAACGCGUCCGUAUCUUAGAUACUGAAACGUGAGAGAUCGCACAAAUCGUAUAAUUUAUUGCACUACGAAUACGAACGUUAAUCGCCCCUGUCGAAAGUCGAAAUAUGGGAAUCAUACAACCGGAGAGAAAACAGUUAAAAAAUUUCUUUCCCAGGAAGCCGGGGAAAAAAAAGGGAACGACGUUCAACAAAAUACAUAUGAUGUUUUCGCGUGUGGAUAGCUCAUUUUAUUCGCGUUAUUUAUUUGUAGCCGAUGAGCGAGUAAAGAAUAUUACGAUCCUCUUGAGAAAAGUAUAUUUGGUGCAAGAGCGUGGGCGUGCAGAAGAAUUGAUCUCUGUGAGUUUCUCCAGGGAAGAAAUUCGCAAUACUCGCUCGUUUAUCAGCACUCAAUAUCGCUGUGAAAGAUUUAAUAAUUCGUCAGAAACGCGUGUAAUAUAAUUACGCAUAUAAAUUUUAUCGAGAAAAAUUCUAUGUGUGAGAAGAGAGAAAUUAGAAUAACGUAAAGUAACUAAUCGAGAUUGUAAACAGUUAAGUUUUUAAUUAUCUUAUUAAUAUAUUUCUGCUUCUUCCCCUUUAUGCUUGUCUUUAAGAAUCAAAAACGUGAAUUCCCCAAGGAGUAAAAUAAUUUUGUGUGUCGACCAUCGAUUACUUAUUAACGCUAACGUGAAGGAAAAGUAAACGGGGGAUAUCAAAAGUGCGGCGUGUCGCGACGCUAGAUACGAUCGGAGAAGCGAUAGGAAAACUAGGUAGUCAUUUAGAGUGCCAGGAAGGAAAGUGAAAGAGAAAGAAAGAGAGAUGGAUGAAAUGCGAAAGGGAAUGCGUCGAUUUUUUGCGAGAGUGAGAGUGCGAGAAAGAUUUUCGUCGAUUAAGCUCCGUAAAAUAAAUAAGAACGCCGACUGCAUCGCGGCGACUCGAGCGAAUCCCGGAAAGUAUAACUCGUUAAUAUUUAUGUCGAUGACGGGGGACGGUCCAUGUAAUUCGUUCGGGUCGGCGGAUAGCAUUAAGAAUUAUGAUUACUAUCGUACGAGAAAUAGGAAGAGAGAUAUCGGAUGCGGCUGGAAAAAGCGGAGGUUUCGUGCUACGGCAACUUAAGGCGUUCGAGAACUCGAACCGGGAACUUGGAACUUGGAGGAAAUCGCCAAUAUUAUAUAUAUAUAUAUAUAUAUAUACAGGGCGUCCUAUGACCCAGGGCAUUCCUUGGAAUCGAUACUUAUUAAAGAAAAUUCGAGCGCGAAAGAUUUCCGAGUUAUUGGCGAUUGAAAAUAAAAAAAGAAUGCUCUUCGCGAAAUAAGGAUUCGAAAGGCAAGCAAGUGGCAGAAACAUAUUUCUGCGAUUAGUUUAAUUUAAUGUAAACGUUUUAUCAUUAGAGAUUAGAAAAUUAUGGGAAAGUACGAAAAUUAUGAGCUCUCCCGAUAUUUUGUCUAAACAAAAAUGAAUCCCAAAAAAAAUUGGCCGAGCGAAACUGUGAUUAAAAGGAUAACCCGAUGUUUCGGCGACACCCUGUAUUGUAGGACUCCUUUCGAGAAAAACAAAAACAUACGCGUAGCGAUAUAUAUUCGGCUCUUAUUUGCUAUUUCUAUCGAUUGGUACUUCGCCACGUAUGAAUAUUCCAAAAGAAAACAAAGAAAGCGACCGAAAACGGUCAUUAUACGCGAAAAUGUGCCGACUACGUUGAUUCGAGAUCACGUUUAUAAGAGCAGAGAGCGGAAACACGAUUUUGUUACUUUUGCAGAUCAACAAGGAAUCUCGUGCGUCUGUCUGAAUCGCUUAUAUUGCGAAAAUGUGCCGCAAUAAUAAAUAAAACAAUUAUUGAGAAAUUAUUUGGUAUUUUCUUGGAAAAAAUUAUUAAAAUUGUAACUUUUAUCAGUAAAAAAUAUUAAGAACACAAUUACCUUUUUUUUUAUUAAUUAUAAAGAAAAGACGUCUAGUUCUAGAUCAGUUAUACGAGCUUUGAGAUGUAAUGAAAUGAAUUACAGAGAGUAAUGCUCCAGAAAAAUGUUGCGACGCAUUAAUAGCGAAUGAUAGCGAGAUUACUUUAAUCGGGCAAAAGCGAGCGAGAGAGUGGACACGAGAGACAGCGAGAGAGUGGGAGAGAGUGAGAAAAUGCGUUAGAUAGAGAUACGUAAAAGAGCGGAAGUGUCUUAGAGCUAAUGGAAUUCCUCUGCGCGAAUGCACGGAACGCGCUAACACAAGCAGCCACCUCCGAACGAGAAGUCUUCAAUACCAUUUGCAUAUUGCUUUAUUGUUACACGAACAUUAUAACGAUAUAUUACAUAAAAAAAAAGGAAUAUUACAGGUACAGUGGUACGCAUACAAUUAAAGCGAUGAGUUCCACGACGCGACGGCGACGAUCGCGCGGACAAGUUUCCGAUGUAGCUCGCGUCAAGAUUUCGUCAUUUCGCGCUUGAGAUUUUUUUUUUUUUUUCUUUCUUCAAGAACGCGUUUCCAGCACCUCGGUCUUUUCUCGUGAAAUUCUUUUUCCACGUUGGUACGGGACACGCGUGCAAAUUUCGACACGACUAGGAGUCGCCGGCACGGAGAAAGGCGCGAUAAAUCAAGUUUUGCCAAGUAAUUGUAUUGACACAUUUUCCAAGCAAAUGAGAUGUAAUUUUAAUUUUCUCUUAGCGAAAGUAAAAUGUCGUUUCUCGCUUAUCAUUCUGGAAGGAACUCGAGAAUUAUCGGCGGUUGCACGUUGGAUCUUAUUUGCGCUAAUUAUGUCCGAUCCGAAAGGCUCUUCCGCGCGAUCAUAACAUACCAGAGACGUCCUGGAACACAUACAUACUUUAGAUACUACGCGUUACGUUUUUGUAUUUACGAAGAAAAAAAUUUACGAGAUGGGAGACGGACUUGCUUUUCCCUCUUUUCUACUACUUUGUAUAUUACCAAAUAAUCGUUAAUUAGAAAAGUUAUUAUAACUAGCGUUUCGUUAUCUUAAUCAACAAGAUUUUAUUAAGCGGAAUAUAUAACGACGGCGAACGAUCGCUCAGCCGUCGUUAUCGUAACGAUGCGGCCUGAUUUACGCGUUUUUGUUAGUUGCUUUACGUGGUACACCCAUUUCAUUCGCGUGUAUUUGUCAACGAGUGGGAGAUCGACGUUUAUGACCUGAUUCUUCCUCCGUCUCAUUUCCCUUCGCCUGUAAGAGAAUCUUAGCAUUCAGUUCGUAAACGAUAUUUUUCAGAAAGUCAGCCAGCAUUUAUUCGACUGAUUAUAGGCACGCGAAGUUACAUUAAUACAAGACAAGUUUAAUAAACGCGAUCUCCCGCGGACAAUUCUCCUUUUUAAGCUUUGUGAAUCAAGUGGCAUCGUUCCUGAAAAUAUCUCUCUCAUUAUACGAUAAAGUAUAAUAAACCUCGCAAAUCUGUCGACGUUGGAAAGCAAUUGACUGGUUCCUUAGAAGCCAGAGAGCCAAGAGAUUGCGCCAAGAGAAGUACAAAUCAUAAAAAAAAAGAGAUAAUGGAAAAGAGAAAAAGAUGGUAACUGCGAAAAAAAAAUCAAUCAUUCGAAGAUGAGAUAAUGUGACCAAUACCGAAAGAGGUGUAAUAUUUGACUUUAGUUUCAUCGCUUUUCAUUCAUUACCUUUGAUUAUAUUAUUGCUUGUAACAUUCAUUGGAGAUACCUUGAAUACAAAAAAAAAAGUAAUAAACCAUGUUAUCCGCU